AUGAUGAAUAGUGAUGGACAUUGUGCAUUUGAUGAACCUUUGGAUGUAAAAAGCAAAAUUCAAAUUUUGAGAAAGGGAGAAGUUGAUAUAUCUGGAAAGUCUUCUGUUUCACUGUCACAAAGAGAAACAUCUAUCAAACAACAACAACCACUCUCAAUAUUUGGAACAUCACCAAAAAAUGAUUUUGGAAAUAACGAAGAUUCAGAAAACAUACCCUCUCAAGUCAGACUCUAUUUGAUAUCACAACCAAUUACCUACAGUGGAUGUGCUUGGACUCAAGAUGAAAAAUCCUAUCGUUCAUCUAAUGACCAACAAAGGAAAUUUUCCAGAUCCUACUCUAUGGUUUUUGAUAAUGAUGGAGACAAGGAUUUUGUCACAAUUGAUAAUGUAAAUUCACCUUUAGGUUCCAAACCUAUUAGUAUUAGUACGAGAAACCAUUCUGGAAGCUUUUCAAGCUCUGUACCAAACUCUUUAUCAGGAUCAUCCUCCCUUGAGGAAAGCUUCAUAUCAGAUCAUGUAGAAUAUUCAAUCAAUGAAGAUGAAACAAAAUUAUUUAUUAGAACCAAUGGAUUUGAGAAAACCAAAUCAAAAGCACCAACCCCAAAAGAAACAGAAUCAAGAAUCAAUCAAAUUAUAGACAAUCACAAUACUGGAAAUGAUAAUCAAUUAUUUGAAAAAAAGGCAGAACCAAAGGAAACUACAUCUGCUUUUAAUUCGGAAAAGAAGGAUUACAAAUUUGAUUUCAAGUCAUUUUUACAAAAACUCAAAGACAAAUCAGUUGUACAAUUGACCAGAGAUAUUAAGAAAUUUACUUUUGAAAUUUCCAAUACUGACUAUACACCAGAACAUCCACACAAAGUUCAAUCAUUUUUAGCUCACAUCAUGAGAGAAAUAUCAUCUCACGAGCAGUGGAAGAAUGCCACCGAACAAGAUUUGAUGAAUGCUAGAGAAGGAAUUGAGAAAUAUGUAAUGACCAAGAUUUAUUCCAAAGUGUUUUCACCAACUUUGGAAGAUAUUGAAAUUGACAAUCAAAUUGGAUCAAGAAUUGCAUUAUUUAAACGAGUAGUGACACCUGCAAAUCUUGAUGUUUCAGCUAGGUUAGUCACAGAUCCUCUAUUCCAGAAAGCAAUUGAAGAAUUGAAAAAGAUGAGUUUUUACAAGACACCAAGAGACAAGCUUAUUUGUGUUUCAAACUGUUGUCAUCUUACAAUGAAUCUUUUAAAACGAUCCAUGCAUGAACAAUCAGGAGGAAGUGGUGGAAAUGCCCCAAGUGCAGACGAUUUUUUACCACUUUUAAUAUUUAUUGUAUUGAGAUCAAAUGUUCCUCAUUUGCACUCGAAUAUCAAUGAGUACAGAAAUCCACAAAGCUUGGAAGGCCAUUCUGGAUAUUUCCUUACAUCACUUGAAUCUGCUAUGGCAUUUUGGCAAGGAUGUGAUCAUACAAUGCUUAACAUGGAUGAAACUACCUUCCAACAAAUGAUAAACUUUGAGGAUGUCUUUGGAAAGGAAAGCGUACAACAUGCAACAGGAGAAUCAAAACAACAAUCAAGCAAUUCUCAUAUAGCUAUUAUUAAGGAAGUACCAAAAGAAGCCAUGAAUGAAAUAACGGAAUAUGUGAAAAAAGAAGAGAAAAGUCCUGAAAAACUAUUAUUGGAUACUGUUGAUUCUGUGAAAACACCAGACGAAACCAUCAUGUCACCAAUAAUGGAAUGUGAAAUCCAAUCUCCUCCAAAACAGCUUGAAGAAUCCGAUUCCCUUUCAAAAUCUUCAAUAGAAGAAUCUGUAAAAAAUUGUAAUAACAAGACCACAACAGACGAGGCAAGAGUUGACAUGGUUUCUUCCCAUGUAAACCAUGACAAAAAGUGGGAAAACCUUGUUUCAUUUGUAAAGAAUAACGAAACCAUAUUCAACGAGUUUAAAUUUGAGAAUGCCACUGCUGAAGAUCUACGAUUGAAGGAUGUGAAUUCCUUACUAGAAGAUUACAAGCAGAUGGUAUCAAUAUUGAAACAUAUCAAAAAUCAAACGAAUGAAAAUUAA